AUGUGCUGCGGCCAUCGCGUCGCGCUCACCGCUUUCUUCCUCUAUCUUAUUCCUCAGGGUCAUGUUCAAAUCUCGCCGAAAGGAACUGUUCUUUCGCUCAAGAGGCAAACUUACGACCAGGUUUUUGUACCUAUACUGGCUGAGAAGACGCUACUCCUCGCUGCGAUCAAGAAGUUGGGCGCUAGGAGGUCCUCAAAAGAGGCCGACGACGACGAGGAGGACAUCUAG